ACAUACAUACAUAUCUGAUAGAAGUACGGCAACGCCCAGGGCGCGAAAUAAAAGUUAAGUUAAUUGUACACUUAAUCUUGGGACAUACGAUUAAGCAACAUGACGCAGAUCUCUGUUCCAAGUUUCCAUGGCAGUUCUCAUCGAGAUCGGCGUAACAAUGCUGACGGUGACGAGUUUGGAGACAAGCGACCUUUGACACCACCCAUGCCCGAAGCUGGCAAGCUAUGGAUACAUUGUAAUAACUGUUUCAAGCAAUACGCAGUUAUAAAGAUAGCAAAAAAUGGAGGUGUUAAUGGCCAGAACGAGGAAGUAUUUUACUUAUUGGCCUGCAAGCAUAUAUGUUGCGAUAAAUGUGUGAUAACCCGAUUGGGAAGGACACCAAGCGAUGCUCCCUAUUUUGUGUGCUGCAUCUGUCGCCAGACCGUGCGCGGGCGGAAGAUUAACAACAGUUUGCCCGUCAAUCUCAAGACAUUCUUUCAUCCGGCACCCUGGAGUUUAAGCUCCGACGAGGUUAAUUCAUUUCAAAUGAAAAAUAUUCAACAUUUAAACAAAUACAAAAACAAGCUUGAAAGUCAAUUCGUCAAGGACGAGAACGAUUUGGAUUUGGCACGGAAAAUCUGCCAACGUCAUUGCAUGACCAAUCGCUUGCUUGUUGUAGAACGCCGGAAACAGGGCCAGCGUCUGCAACAACUUAAGACGGAAUGCCGCAUACGCCGUGAUCGGUUGGCCCAAAAAUCACCAUCUUCUCGACGAGGUUCGUCUGAAAGAUAUGACAAGCGGCCACAUUCCACGUCUAUUAUAAACAAUAGACCUCAAACGAAGGCAGCUAGACGCCGUUCCAUUACCUCUUUUGCCAAUCCAUCAAAUAUUUCAUUCGACCUGUAAGUUCUUAGUUAAAUAAUAAAUCUAUUAACUGUUGGUUAA